AUGAAGUCCAGCCUCACCGUCCUUACUCUCGCGGCAGCAGGUUUUCUCUGCGCAGCAGCCUCCCCAACGCUCAAGGUUCGCCAGAACGAUGUUCCCAAAUGUGCCGACGGCCGCGGAGAUGGGCUGCGCAGCUACGAUAGCCGAAGCAAGUGCGAAGACGGCUGCAAGUCCUUGAAAGAGGAAGCCGAAGGCGACAACAAAGGUGGGAUCUGCAGUGGAUUCUGUACCACCUACCCCGGACCCCAGAGUUUUGGAAUCAUCAUCCGCUGCAAUGAUGCUGGCGGCAGGUUAUUGUUGAUGCGCAUCGGGACUCAACAAGUGGUCAAGUCGUGA